ACUUUCUUUGCCUAUCGAACCUGAGUAUCCGUGUACAUGUUUCUACCUUUUAUCUUUACACCUAUGAAUAUCUAUUAGUCACUAUCUAAGCCUGCAGUUUCUAUUACCUUUCUCGUACAUCUUUUGCGCGGUACAACAAAACGUCCAUCGCAGUCAUUAUCAACACCCCGCAAUGGCUCCGUCAGCCAUCCCCGCAGCUGACCUUAGGUCAUUUUCAGAGUACCUAAAAGGACGUAAACGUAUACUCGCACUUCUGGGAGCUGGCAUAUCAGCCUCAUCGGGGCUUCCUACCUUUCGAGGAGCUGGGGGUUUAUGGAGAACCUACGAUGCGACUGAUUUGGCGACGCCCGAAGCAUUCGAAGCCAACCCAGACCUUGUGUGGCAGUUUUAUAACUAUCGGAGACAUAUGGCGCUGAAAGCACAGCCGAAUCGCGCACAUUAUGCGUUAGCAGAGCUCGCAAAGAGGAAUAAAAACUUCAUUACCUUGUCGCAAAACGUCGACGGUCUCUCACAACGAGCAGACCAUCCAUUAUCCCAACUUCACCUUCUCCACGGUUCCCUCUUCACCGUUAAAUGCACGUCUUUCUACUGCAGUUACACCCGUGAGAACGACUUCACCGAUCCAAUAGUUCCUGCCCUCGCGAUACCGAAGAAUGUUCCAGAGCCCAAGCCAUCGACGGGCGAUAAGACGGGCGAAAAAGCUUCGAAGUCUAUAUACAAUGCAUUAGGGAUACCGGAAGGUGAAGAAGUUGAUAUUUCUGAUGACCGAGUUCCGCUAGCUCCGCUGAGCUCUGAUGUCCUUCCACAUUGCCCAGAGUGCAAAGAUGGACUUCUGCGACCAGGGGUGGUAUGGUUUGGAGAGAGCUUGCCGUCACAAACCCUCAACAUGGUGGAUAGCUGGAUGAGGUCUGGUCCGAUCGAUCUGAUACUAGUGAUUGGUACAAGCUCCAGGGUGUACCCUGCUGCAGGCUAUGUUGAUAAGGCUAGGGCGAGAGGCGCUAGGGUUGCGGUGGUCAAUAUGGAUCGGAACGAUGUAGGAUCUUCAGGAUUAAAACCAGGUGAUUGGUUCUUCCAAGGCGAUGCAGGUACCAUCGUUCCGGAAAUUUUAAAGGAAGUCAUUGGGGAGAUCUGAUUGGCAAUAUGGGGAUUGUCGGUGUGGUCGUCCACUAAACUAAUAGACUCAAAUGCUCUAAUGAUAACGUAAAUAUAUAAAUAUCGGAGCCAUGUUUGUUUGCUAUAGUCUCC